CCCGGCCCACUCCGCCUCACGUGGUCCCGCGGUGCAUUGUGGGGCGGUGAGAUGGCGGCGCUCAGCGCGGGCCGGGCGGCGGCCGGGUGUCUCCUGCGUGCCCGCAGCUUCGGGGCCUGGAGGGGCCUGCGUGCCUCCGCUGCGCUCCAGCAGAUCCCGCGGGCCAAGUCAGAAAAUGCGAAGUCUGAGGGUACGUUCCAGGUCACCAUGCUGCCCGGAGACGGGGUGGGCCCGGAGCUCAUGCACGCUGUCAAGGAGGUGUUCAAGGCUGCCAGCGUGCCUGUGGUCUUUGAUGAGCAUCACCUGAGUGAGGUGCAGAACAUGGCAUCAGAAGAAAAACUGGAUCAGGUGGUUGACUCUAUGAAGGAAAGUAAAGUCGCCCUUAUAGGCAAGAUCCACACCCCCAUGGAGUACAAGGGAGAGCUGGCUUCUUACGACAUGAGGCUCAGGCGCAAAUUAGACUUGUUUGCAAACGUUGUUCAUGUGAAGAGCUUACCCGGCUAUAAAACACGCCACAACAACUUGGACCUCGUGAUCAUCCGUGAGCAGACGGAGGGGGAGUACAGCUCUCUGGAACAUGAGAGUGCAAAGGGAGUCAUUGAGUGCCUGAAGAUCAUCACCCGGGCCAAGUCGCAGCGCAUUGCCAAGUUCGCCUUUGACUACGCCACCAAAAAAGGGCGCUCUAAGGUCACGGCUGUGCACAAAGCCAACAUUAUGAAAUUAGGCGAUGGGCUCUUCCUGCAGUGCUGUGAAGAAGUGGCAGAACUGUACCCCAAGAUCAAAUUUGACACCAUGAUCAUUGACAACUGCUGCAUGCAGCUGGUGCAGAACCCCUACCAGUUCGACGUCCUGGUCAUGCCAAACCUCUAUGGGAACAUCAUCGAUAACCUGGCAGCUGGGUUGGUGGGCGGUGCUGGUGUGGUUCCCGGAGAGAGCUACAGCGCGGAGUAUGCCGUGUUCGAGAUGGGCGCCCGCCACCCCUUUGCCCAGGCCGUGGGCAGGAACAUCGCCAAUCCCACUGCCAUGCUGCUCUCAGCCGCCAACAUGCUGCGGCAUCUCAACUUGGAAUUUCACUCCAAUUUGAUCGCAGAUGCGGUGAAGAAGGUGAUCAAAGUCGGGAAAGUUCGGACACGGGACUUGGGCGGUUACUCCACCACUUCUGACUUCGUGAAGUCUGUGAUUGACAACCUGCACCCCCACUAUGGUGCCUAGGAACCCCGCUCGCCCCGGGGAGUCGGGGACUUCACCCUGCAGCCGCUUCCCAUAGCUUACAGCCCGGCAGCGCGUCCUUCCCCCUCCCUGCAGCUCGCCCUGGCCAAGGUUCCCUGCUGCCCUGGGGGAGGAGGAGGAUGAGGAUGGCUCUCCUCCUGCCCAGCCCAGAGCCGAGUAACUACCCCCAGUCACCGCCAGCGGGGAUUGCUGGAGGCACCGAGGGCAGGGUCCUGUUCGGAGCAAGGAUCCGCGGGGUCCCUCUGGUUCGAGUAGGCAGCGUCUUCCCCCCUGUGCCGUCCCUGCAAGGAGGGCGGUGCUGAUCUCGGGGCCGGCUGGGGCGACUCAGGGAGGAACGGGCAGCGGAGGCUCGGCAGGCAGCUCCCAGGGACAGCGGGACCACUGUGACUGUGGGAGCCUUCCCCUGCCCACAGAGGCUUUAGCAAUAAAUGGGACCAUGGGGCUGAGUUCCUGCAGCUGUGACCGCACGAGGGCAAGCUGCUCGUGCAGAGUGAGGGUCCCCUUUCCGGCAAUCCCAUGGGUAGGGAGAGGUGGCUGUGAGGCUUUGUUGCCUCCUGCCUGCUGGGAACUGGUGCAGGGUUGGGGAGAGGGUGGCUGCUCUCUUUGCCCCCCCCCACUGUGAGUUUGUGGCUGGUCUCUGAGAGCCAGGGCAGCGCCUGGGGAGCAGAGGGCUCCAAGCUGAGACCCCAGGUAGGUCAGCACCUCUGUGCGCAGCCAGUGCUUGUCCCUCAGCAGGCAGCACCCUGAGCUCUUUGCCCAGCAGUGUGAACCCCUGGAGCCCUUGUGGCUCGCUGCGGGGGGGGGGGGUGCUGGCGGCCAGCAGCAGUGUGGGGCUGGGCUGUGAAAGCACAUGGUGGGACCAUAGAAGCACUGCCCUGGCUGGUGGCUGCCGGGGCAGGGGACUGUGUGUGUGAGAGAGCGACUGGGACAUGUAUUUAAUGCUGUGCUGUGUACUCAUGUUUGCAAAUAAAGGGUCCAACGCUUUCCCCCCACCCUUGCCCACACAGGUGCCGUUUCCCCCCCACCCCAGCUCUGCCCCUGCCCCACACCACACCAGUGCAGCUCAGGGUUGGCCCAAGGCCUGAGGGGAACCAGGGCAGGUUGUGGAGCAGCUGCCAAGGGGACUUGGCCAGGUCCAGAAGCCGGGCUGGCAGUGCCCACAGGACCCUACCUGCCGUGGUGUGAGCAGGGCUUUGGCCAGGGCUGAGCCCCAGUCCCACACCACCGCUGCCAGCCCCUCACCGUCCCCUCCAGCCUGCUGGGACAGGUGAGCCCAGGGAACAGCUCUGCCUGGAGAGGGGCUGCCGUGACUCCUCUGCUGCUUCAAUUCCACCCCCCCGACUGCAGCGGGGGCUUGGUGUGCUGGAACCAGAGGCAAGAGGCCCAGUAUUUGUGCACACCCAGACACGCACCAAACGGGGUGCACCGAAGCUCAGGGUGGCCAUGGCCCCUCUCGGCUGGCACGGGGCAGGCAGUCUGGACGCUCCCAGCAAGGGCUGCGAAGUUGCCUCAGGGGUGGGCCUCCUGCAGCAACAGCACCCAGCACAAGGCCCGGGGGGAGUCCCUGCUGUGCUGUAGGGACCCCCUCCCUCCUCGCUAACGCUCCCCUCUCCUUGCAGGUGCGCACGGCGGACAUGGGGGGCUACGCCACAUCCUUGGAUUUCACCCAAGCCGUGAUAGCCGCCCUGGAUGUCUAGGGCCCUUCGCCUCGUCCUCCCUGCUCCUGCCGUGCCCACCCGGUAAUUUAUUGCUUCCCUCUAAUAAAAACAGCUUCUGCAGCA